AUGACAAGAGAUGAAUCGUUUGAUAACCUUCGUCCAUUACAUUCACUUUAUUACAUUGUCACUCUUAAAAACAUCAGUCGAUCAUGGUGUGCUUUACAGUGUUCAAUGCACCAAUAUUUGUGUAGAGCAAUUUUAUACAAUGAGGACCUCUUUUCUUGUUAUCUUUUGAACUGUUACCAGAAUGAACGACUGGUGGACAGGGGCCGAAUUGAUGGCGGAUGGGAAUUCUGGAUUCAAAAUGACGCUUGCCCUACCGGCUGGGUUCCCUUUCAAUACCAUUGUUAUUUCCUCAACAAAACCACCGUACCCUGGAGUCAAGCCAAGGUUCAAUGUGAGUACCAUGGAGCUUACCUACUAGAAAUAGAUUCUGGCGAAGAAAAUACAUGGGCCAUGGAAACAUUUCUCCCUCUUUGGAAUGCUGCCGACUGCUCAAACUGGUGGGACUGCUGCGAGUGCUGGAUCGGGGCCACAGAUAUCGAGAUUGAAGGAAUGUUUACUUGGACUAGCCAUGUAAAUAUCUCGUUUUCCAAUUGGUAUGCCAGACAGCCUGAUAAUCUUAACAUGGCACAUUGUGUCCGUAUUUGUCGAAAUGGAUUCUGGGAUGACACAAGUUGUCACCGAAACAACACAUUCAUUUGUGAAAUGGUGUACUUCUGAAAUUAUUGUCACGAUUUCGA